AUGGGUGAUCUACCGUCAACCCGAGUACAACCUUCUAGAAUAUUUUCUGUACUUGGAGUAGACUAUACGGGUCCAUUCUUAAUUAAAAAUAGUUUUUUGCGAAAUACCAAAUCGAUAAGGGCAUGGAUAUGUAUUUUUAUACGUUUUGCUUCUAAGGCCAUACAUAUCGAACUGGUAACUGAACUAUCAACUAAUAGUUUCUUGAAUGCGUUUAAAAGGCUAAUCGCUCGCAGAGGUUUUCCUUCGGAAAUCUAUUCGGACAAUGGGUCCAAUUUUGUCGGUGCGUCCAAUCUUAUAAACGAAAUCAAAGAUGAUGUAUUCCAAAAUUUUCUAAUUGACAAUCGCAUUAUUUGGCAUUUCAUACCACCGCGAUCUCCGCAUCAUGGCGGAUUGUGGGAAAGCGCUGUACGACUCACAAAAUAUCAUUUAAAGCGAGUUUUACAGAACACUCUUCUAACUUACGAGAAUUUCUAUUCUUUAUUGGUUCAAAUUGAAUCUAUAGUAAACUCACGCCCUCUGACUCCGCUUAGUGAAGAUCCAGACGACUCGGACGUUUUAACACCUGGACAUUUUAUAAUUGGUGCUCCUCUAACUUUCUUACCAGAAAAGUCAUUAGACGUUAAACAUUCUAGGUUAAGUUGUCGCUAUAAACAAUUGCGAGCUUUAUUUGAACAGUUUUGGAGGAGCUGGUCUCGCAGUUAUCUACAGACUCUUCAAGAACGCCCUAAAUGGCAAGUUGCAAAUGACAUUUAUAAGGUCGGUCAAUGCAUCGUGUUACAUGAUGAUGCUGCUCCAUUAGCCUGGAAGAUUGGAAGAAUAAUGAACGUGCAUCCUGGUGCUGAUGGGCACAUUCGAGUGGUAACUGUUAAAGUGAAAAACGCUAUAUUUAAACGUCCUGUCACUAAAAUCAGUGUUUUGCCUAUUUAUGAUCAAUCCUAA